GUGCCCUUUGGUUGUGGGAAGGGGGGCAUUGAACCUAUGGAGAGAUAUGGACCUGUUCACAAUCCAGCCUCCGGCAGAACUAUUUCCCAGUCGCGGGCUGUCAGUGUCAGCUGCGAUUCCGCCGUUGGAUCGAGGGUCUUUGGUUCUUGUCGCUGACCGGAGGACUUUGCCAGUCGAUCGAUGCGCCGCAGUCCGGUUCACGGCUUAAUUCCACGAGUAAACUACUUUCUUUCCCCCUCUUCCACAAAAAGUUUCCACUCGGGAUCAGAACUUUCUGGACGACCAUGUCCCGAAUGUUGAGCCAUGACCUGCCCGACAUCGAGAAUCUGUUGUUGCUAAAUCCACGGGUGAAGACAUGUGCCUCCCUACGAUCGACAGCAACAACCAAGAUAGACAAAGCACAUUGGAAACGGAACCCUGCAAAGAACUGCUCUAGCCAUGAGAAGCUGGAGAAUAAUUUUGAUGACAUCAAACACACCACUCUCAGUGAGCGAGGAGCACUCCGUGAAGCAAUGAGAUGUCUGAAGUGUGCUGACGCUCCGUGUCAGAAGAGCUGCCCAACUAAUCUGGACAUAAAGUCAUUUAUCACCAGUAUCGCAAACAAGAAUUACUAUGGUGCUGCCAAAACCAUUCUGUCUGACAAUCCCCUGGGUCUGACUUGUGGGAUGGUAUGUCCAACAUCUGACCUCUGUGUGGGAGGAUGCAAUUUACAUGCAUCUGAAGAAGGAGCUAUUAACAUCGGGGGUCUCCAACAAUUUGCCACAGAGGUGUUCAAAGAGAUGAAAAUUCCUCAGAUUCGGAAUCCAUCGCUUCCCCCUCCUGAAGAAUUGCCUGAAAGCUACCAUGCUAAAAUCGCCCUAAUCGGAUGUGGGCCCGCCAGUAUCAGUUGUGCUUCAUUUUUGGCUCGGUUGGGCUAUUCGGACAUCACUAUAUUUGAAAAGGAGAAUUACAUUGGAGGUCUGAGCACGUCUGAGAUCCCACAGUUCAGAUUGCCUUAUGAUGUUGUCAAGUUUGAAAUCAAGCUGAUGAAAGACCUCGGAGUGAAGGUUGUCCAUGGUAAAGGUCUUGGAAUUGAGGGAAUGACUCUGGAGAGCUUAAAGGAAGAUGGUUACAAAGUAGUCUUCAUUGGUAUAGGUUUACCGGAGCCAAAGCGAGAUCUCAUCUUUGAAGGCUUAACAGUGGAACAUGGCUUCUACACAUCCAAGGAAUUCCUACCCCUUGUUGCAAAAGCCAGCAAAGCAGGAAUGUGUGCCUGUCUAUGCUGUCUUCCAACACUACGGGGCACAGUCAUUGUCCUUGGUGCUGGAGACACAGCCUUUGACUGUGCAACAUCUGCACUACGCUGUGGGGCCCACCGAGUGUUCGUGGCUUUUCGGAAAGGAUUUACCUGUAUCAGGGCUGUCCCAGAGGAGGUGGAACUAGCAAAAGAAGAGAGAUGUGAGUUUUUGCCUUACAUGUCACCACGAAAAAUUAUUCUGAAAGGUCAGCGGAUUUCUGCAAUUGAGUUUGUCCGUACGGAGCAGAAUGAUGCUGGAGAUUGGGUUGAAGAUGAGGACCAGCUUAUUCGUUUGAAGGCAAAUGUUGUCAUCAGUGCUUUUGGCUCCAUCAUCUCCAAUUCUUCGGUGAAAGAAGCCAUGGCCAACAUCAAGUUUAACAGAUGGGGUUUCGUCGACACCGAUUCGGAAACCAUGCAAACAAAUGAGCAUUGGGUCUUUGCAGGAGGGGACAUCGCCGGUCUGGCUAACACUACAGUGGAGUCUGUGAAUGAUGGAAAGCAAGCAUCCUGGCACAUUCACAAAUAUUUACAGGCACAACAUGGUCAUUCAGUUACUGGGGAUCCUGAACUACCUCUUUUCUACACACCUAUUGACCUCGUGGACAUUAGUGUGGAGGUAGCUGGGUUGAAAUUCCUGAAUCCCUUUGGAGUAGCCAGUGCCGCUCCGACAACUAAUUCUGUAAUGAUGCGAAGAGCUUUGGAUGCUGGCUGGGCCUUUGCUCUCACUAAAACCUUCUCGCUGGAUAAGGACAUUGUGACCAAUGUUUCUCCAAGAAUUAUACGUGGAAUGACUUCCGGCCCAGUCUAUGGCCCUGGACAAACUUCUUUCCUUAACAUCGAGCUCAUCAGUGAGAAGACCUGCGCGUAUUGGUGCAAAAGCGUCACUGAAUUAAAAGCUGACUUUCCAAAUAGGAUCAUUAUUGCCAGUCUCAUGUGCACAUACAACAAGGAUGAUUGGACAGAGCUUGCGAAAAUGGCAGAGGAUUCUGGUGCAGAUGCUUUGGAAUUAAACUUGUCCUGCCCACAUGGCAUGGGCGAAAGAGGAAUGGGACUGGCCUGUGGACAGGAUCCAAAGCUGGUGCAAAACAUCUGCCGCUGGGUGCGACAAGCUGUUAAGAUUCCGUUCUUUGCCAAGCUGACCCCGAACGUCACCAACAUUGUAGACAUAGCGAAAGCAGCUGAGGAAGGUGGUGCAGAUGGCGUUACCGCAAUCAACACGGUGUCUGGGCUGAUAGGGGUGCUUGCAGAUGGCACACCUGUGCCAGCCGUUGGUAAAGCCAAGCAGACCACAUAUGGCGGCGUGUCUGGGAUUUCAGUGAGGCCAACUGCUUUAAAGGCAGUAUCCAGCAUUGCUCAGGCAAUACCAGACUUUCCUGUCCUAGCUGCUGGAGGGAUUGAUUCGGCUGAGGCAGGGCUCCAGUUUCUGCACUGUGGUGCUUCGCUGCUGCAGGUGUGUAGCGCAAUUCAGAACCAGGACUUCACGUUAAUUGAUGACUAUUGCACAGGGCUGAAGACACUGUUGUAUCUAAAAAGCAUCAAUGAACUGCAGCAUUGGGAUGGACAGAGCCCCCCAACCAUGUGUCAUCAGAAAGGAAAGCCAGUCGCUAAUAUCACUGGAAUAAUCGGACAGCGGCUGCCCAAUUUUGGCCCUUACCUGGAACAGCGCAAGAAAAUUAUAGCUGAGCAGAAACUCUGUAUGAAGGAGCAGAGUGAAGUGGUUGAUGAAGGACCAUACACAGUCAAGAAACCUAUUCAACGAGUCCAGGAAGUAAUUGGCAGAACCCUGUCACGUAUCGGUACCUAUGGAGUGCUCAAUAACAAGGAGCAUGUGGUAGCUUUGAUUGAUGAGGAGAUGUGCAUUAACUGUGGCAAAUGCUACCUGACUUGUAAUGACUCUGGUUAUCAGGCCAUAACCUUUGAUGCCAAGAAGCACCUUCCUCGAGUAACUGCAGACUGCACAGGGUGCACUCUUUGCUAUAGUGUCUGCCCUAUCAUUGAUUGCAUUAGAAUGGUUCCUCGUUUAACGCCUUACAUACCUAUAAGAGGUAUUCCUCUAGCAGUCUAACAAGUUUGUUCGGUCGACUUCGUCUGGAUUGGAAACAUGACUUAAUAUCCAUAUCUUUCCAUAAAUAUUGAUUUAGUCAUUCGUGUUAUAAUAUGACAAACCACUGUUAUUUCUAAAGCAUUGAUUUUAUCUUACCAAAGCUAGUUACCAUGGUCUUAGGCUACAUUAGAAAAAAACUGGGCUAUUAUUAAGUAAUAGCAUUGAGGUCAGCCAUGAAAUAAGACAAUGGCACUUGGAUUACAAUCUAUAUGCCCAUAAGUAUAAUUUUUAGUGAAAUUACAUCAGUUGUUAACAGGCUUUUACUUAGUUAGCGAUUUCUAAUGUCUACUGGCAACAGAAAAUGUGAAAGGGGCUUCACCAGUAUUUUACUGGAAAGUUCAUGGUUCCUAAGUUCCAGGAGCAGAAUUAGUCCGCUUGGCCCAUCAAGUCUACUCUGCCAUUCAAUUACGGCUGAUCUAUUUCUCCCUCUCAACCCCAUUCUCCUGCCUACUCCUCAUAACUGCUGACACCCUUAUUAAUAAAGAAUCUGUCAAUCUCUGCCUUAAAAAUAUCCACUUACUUGGCCUCCACAGCCGUCUGUGGCAAUGAAUUCCACAGAUUCACCACUCUCUGCAUAUAGAAAUUUCUCCUCGUCUCGUUUCUAAAGGUACAUCCUUUUAAUCUGAGGCUACAGCUUCUGAUCCGAGACUCUCGCACUAGUGGAAACAUCCUCUCCAAAUUCACUCUGUCCAGAUUGUUUCACUGUUAGGUAAGUUAGAGUAUUUCAUUAAUAAGUGUUUUGUUUUAUGUAGGGGAACAGACAGGCACAGUCUAUUAAAUGCCUGACAUUUACAUUGACUCUCAAUGUGGUGGAUAUGUAUUCAGUAAUAUUCCAGUAUAUUGAUAAUGUCUGCAUUGAGUGUCCUUGUGGAACUCACAUUUGCCAUUUAACUCACUAAGAUCCUUAGAACCUGCUGUUUUCUUGCCUAUCAUUAAUUCAUAUAAUUUGAUUCAGAUCCUACAUUUUUGCAACUAUCUUGAAACCAAUUACUGUGAAAUAAAAGAAGGAUUCUAAAACUGCAAGAGAAAAUUGAAAUUUUAUUUUAAUCUGAAAUUUAUCCUUGUUUCCAAAUCAAUAAGUGUGUGUAUAAAGGAAUGAUGUUUAAUAAUGAAUACAUUUAUAAACAAGCGAUUACAGGUAUUUUGUGCUUUAAGCAAUGUUAAACAUGAUCCAUUCACAACUCAACCUGUACAAAUCACACAAUCUGACAAUAGUUUCAUCUAGUUGUUAAUUUUGUUUAUUUCUGAUUUGAUGUUGAAUUUAUUGCGUGAUCGUGCCUCCAUUUUGCUGACUCCAAUAGUUAUAAAUGCAGAUUAAAUUGAAUUAAUUGUUUAUGCAGGUCACGGAUACAGAUAUAUUGCAUUAGUGUGGUUGCCAUUUUUAAUAUCUAAUAACUUGGCAUCCUUCAUCAUACUUUGUGUACAAUCUCAAUGUAAAUUUUGUUUUGCAAUUGAAAUAAGAGGUAAGUUUUUGAAUUGUGGCAACAUCAUCUGUUCAAUGCAACCACUCACGGAAGAACAAUUUGGAUUAUACAAGCUCAUUUUUUUCUUGUAUUAAUUUGUUUAAUCCUUGAAAGCUUUUCCUUCAUCUCUUCAUCCUUCCCAUGUCUAACCAAAUUAAGGAUUUUACAGAAAAUCCCAAUUUGCGGGUUUGCAUUUUGAAUAAUUUGUUUAAUAAAUAUAUUACCAAUGGUUA